AUGCAGGACUACGACGACAUGCUCAAUGCUGUGGUCCAGAGUAAUCUCACUCUCGAUAGGUCGGUGCUUGUGCCGUCUAUUACUGAGAUGCCAUACUACUUGCCCCAUCUACGAUCUACAGAACUGACCGGAUUUACACAUCACAGUAGUGCUUAUGAGUUGAAUGUCAUCCAACAACCUCGGGAUGGCCAUGUACCGUCCUCACCCCACAAGCGUAAUGCUAGAAGCGCUGUCAAAUGGCCCCUCGACCCUCCUCUUGUUGUAGAGUUCAAGGUCAACAACAACGAUACCUCCAAGGCCUACCUCACUAGCCCCUACUGGUUUUGCCUUGUCACCAUCGAAGCAGUCAACGGCGAACCAGUGACACCUGACACUCUUUUCGGAACUUUGACGUCGUCGCUCCACAGGGUCAAGAUGCAGGACAGCAGAGACCAUGGUGUCUUCGUCUAUGGAGACCUCCACAUCAAGUUCGCCGGUGUUUUCAAACUCAGAAUUACUCUCUUUGAGAUGCGUCAGCGGUAA